AGAAAUCCCUCGAGUUGCUUCGUUUCGAAAAGUUCGUGCAUCCCUGACUUCUCUGCGCCACAUCUACUUCACUGCCAAUCACGUGUUCUUAUAUGUUAAUGACAUUCCUUUAAACAUCGUCACAGUCCUUGGCACAGUUAUCACAAUGUAAACUGCACGAGAUAGCUAAAAGAUAACGGAACUGUGAGCCAUGUUUUCGUAACAGCCCUUCUCAUUAUCGGUGCUUAAAGGAACAGAGGAAGGGCAAAGAUCUUUCAAACGUAAAUACAACAGAACAAAGACAGUUCUACAAUCAGCUGAUUUUGCUUACGCCUAGUUGUUUACCUUUUUCUUAUUGGCUAUUGCCCUUCAGUCAGUCGAUUCGAUUGGUCGCUGAUUAUCAGUCUAGCAGACAGCAUUUACAAACGCUGUGUUUUUCGCACUUGUACUCAUUGUGGUGUAUUGUAAAUCGUGUUUAGUUGCAAUUGAUUUUCCACUUUGUGCACGAGUGAAAUAUUAGUAUUUUAGGUUUAUGCACGGUAUUCAUAAAUUCGUCGUUAUUACAUUACGAACUUGUUAACUGACUAUUGAAAUAACAUAAGGGAAUGACAAACACAGUGAUCAUCACAUUAUUGUUUUACGUCGCUGUCACGUUAACCACAGCGCACAGCACCAGUAAUGAGUCUGUACUGCCUAUAAUUCUUGUUCCUGGGGAUGGAGGAAGUCAAUUGGAAGCUAAGUUGCACAAACCUGCAGUUGUUCACUAUUUGUGUGAAAAGACAACAAAUGAUUUCUUCAGCUUGUGGUUGAACUUGGAGCUGCUUGUCCCUGUAAUUAUAGACUGUUGGAUAGAUAACAUGAAACUUGUGUACAACAAUCAGACAAGAACAACUUCAAACUCUGAUGGUGUAGAAAUCCGAAUUCCAGGAUUUGGAAAUUCAACUACUGUGGAAUGGAUAGAUCCAAGCAUGGCAUCUGAGGGAGCUUACUUUAAGGACAUUGCAAACACAUUAGUACCCCUUGGAUAUGAAAGAAAUAUAUCAAUAAGAGGUGCCCCUUAUGAUUUCAGAAAGGCUCCUAAUGAAAAUCAACAGUACUUUGCAGAUCUCAAAAAGCUGGUUGAAGAGACCUAUGGAUUAAAUGGAAACAAACAAGUUAUAUUUUUGGCUCAUAGCAUGGGAGCAUUGAUGACAUUGCACUUUCUGCAAAUGCAAACACAGAGUUGGAAAGACAAACAUAUUCGUGCUUUGGUUACUCUUUCUGGGGCUUGGGGAGGCUCACUCAAAGCCUUGAAAGUUUAUAUGGUCGGUGACGACUUAGGAUCAUAUGUGUUGCGUGAAAGUGUGCUGAAAGAAGAACAAAUAACCUCUCCAAGCCUGGCAUGGUUGUUGCCUUCUACACUCUUUUGGCAUCCUAAUGAAAUCUUAGUACAGACAGACAAGAAAAAUUACACAGUUGAAGACUAUAAAGCCUUUUUCAAGGACAUCAGUUAUCCUGUUGCUUGGGAAAUGCGUAAGGAUGUAGAAAAAUACAGCUUGGAAUUUCAAGCUCCAGGUGUAGAAGUUCAUUGCUUACAUGGUUAUGGUGUUAACACCAUUGAGAGGUUGGUGUAUAAACCAGGAGGAUUUCCUAGUGCAUACCCUGACUUCUUAUAUGGUGAUGGUGAUGGAACAGUAAAUAAACGCAGUUUGGAGGGCUGUCUCCAUUGGCAAGGCAAGCAGAAACAAAAAGUAUACCAUCAGACUUUUCCAGGUGUGGAUCAUAUGAAUGUGUUAAGAGACAUUCGUGUGCUUGGCUAUCUGAAAAGUUUACUCAAUAAAUUAUAGUUUCUGUAUCAUAGUGUAGUGUUUUGAAUUUUUUUAUUCUGUUGUAAGUAGAGACAUGAGUAAAUAGUAUUUUGCAGUAUAAAAGUACACCUGAGAUUUCCUGCUGUACAAAAACUUUGAUUGUUGCAAAGAGAACAGGGUUUCCAUUUUUAUCCACAUAUGAACUUAGAAAAAAAUCUCAUUAAAAAUAUUCAAACUAUUGUACAUUAGAAAGUGAGUCGGAAGAAAAAUUAAUUUGUUAAUGAUUGAUGAAACAGUAAUUUUUGAUAACUUGCUAUUAGAUAUAAAAAAAUAUAUAGAUAUACUAGAAAAGGAGACAUGGAAUAAAUACAGCAAUGAGGGCUUACCGUAUCUCCAAAGAAAUAAAAACUGAUCUGGCUAGAAACUGCUUGGUGAUUGUGAACAAGGUCAUCAACAUUUUUUUACAGCCUAGAAGAACUGUUGGCUAGAAAGUACUGAUAGAUGAAAUGACGGAAAUGUAAAAAUAUUAUUGGGAUUUUAAAUAUACAGGGUGAUCAAAAAGUCAGUAUAAAUUUGAAAACUGAAUAAAUCACAGAAUAAUGUAGAAAGAGAGGUACAAAUUAACACACAUGCUGUAUAUGCGGAUGGAUAUGUGUGUGUGUGUGUGUGUGUGUGUGUGUGUGUGUGUGUGUGUGUGUGCGCGCGCGCGCGAGUGUACACCUGUCCUUUUUUUCCCCCUAAGGGAAGUCUUUCCGCUCCCGGGAUUGGAAUGACUCCUUACCCUCUCCCUUAAAACCCACAUCCUUUCGUCUUUCCCUCUUUCCUGAAGAAGCAACUGUUGGUUGCGAAAGCUAGAAAUUCUGUGUGUGUGUUUAUGUGUUUUAUUUAUUGUGCCUAUCUACCGGCGCUUUCUUGCUUGGUAAGUCUUGGAAUCUUUGUUUUUAUAUAUAUAUAUAUAUAUAUAUAUAUAUAUAUAUAUAUAUAUAUAUAUAUCGAAGUAAGACAAUGCAAAGAUGAUGAUCUUUGCAGGAAAUGCUCAAUAUGUCCACCAUCAUUCCUCAACAAUAGCUGUAGUCGAGGAAUAAUGUUGUGAAUAGCACUGUAAAGCAUGUCUGGAGUUAUGGUGAGGCAUUGGCGUCAGAUGUUGUCUUUCAGCAUCCCUAGAGAUGUCGGUCGAUCAUGAUACACUUGCGACUUUAGGUAACCCCAAAGCCAAUAAUCGCACGGACUGAGGUCUGGGGACCUGAGAGGCCAAGCGUGACGAAAGUGACGGCUGAGCACAUGAUCAUCACCAAAUGAUGCGUGCAAGAGACCUUUCACACGUCUAGCAAUUUGGGUUGGAGCGCCAUCUGGCAUAAACAUCGUACGUUCCGGCAGGUGUUUAUCAGCCAGGCUGGGGAUGAUGUGAUUCUGUAACAUAUUGGCGUACCUUUCACCCGUCACGGUAGCAGUUUUGCUGUCCAGCGCCAUCUGUCGGACAUUUUGUGAAUGUUGUUUUAUUUUGUUCUAAUAAAGCCCCAUGUCAUUCCAAGCAAGUGUGUCAAUUUUUACCUCUCUAUCUACAUUAUUCCAUGGGUUAUUAAGUUUCCAAAUUUAUACUGACUUUUUGAUCACCCAGUAUUACAAUAUUAGGGACACAAGAGACUGUAAGACGUACAGCAAGAACAGAUUGAACAAAUGCUUAGAGGUCUAAGCUUCAAAGGAUAGUUGCCAUUCCAGUAAAUGGUGUAUGUGGGUUGUAACACUCCAUCCAACAUGUGCUGCAUAUUGGAUAUAAAUCAUUUUUCAUUUUAUAGCAGUAUGCUCUGUCAUUUCUCCUCUUAAGAGAGCUUCAUAUUCUUAUCCCUCAACGUUGUUGGAAUAAAUCUGCUCACUGUCAAAUGAGAAGUCCUUCAUUCUAGCAACUCAUUCUUUGUAAAGAGAAUAAAGUAGGAAAAUAAUUUCAUAGUGUAAUUCUUGAAUUAAAAGCUUGUUAAAAAACUCAGAUCUAUCUGCCUUGUGCCACAAUGGAUACACCAGUGCAGUAUUCUUUAUCUGGUUUCGUUCUCCCCCCAUUCUAGUGCAUAUUUGUAAAAGUUUUUUGUCAUGAAUAUUCAGAAGUUUUAUGCUGUGGUAUAUUGUUAAAUUUUUGGGGUCAAUUCUGGUGUCCGAUACCACCCGUCGGCUUUGAUCAAUGACGUAAUGUGUGAUGUUAUUUUGUUUGUGCUGCAGAUUGCUGUAGAUGAACAUUAAAUGAUUUCUCUGGAUUUCCUCAUUACGCACAUAUAUUAAAAAUUCAAUGUAGAUUGUUUUGUUUUCGUCUCGUAAUAUGUUUUCGGCAUCUUUUGUUAAUGAAAGUAGUUGUGAUUUAUAAGGUCUUGAUUUCUCACUCUGUUUGUUAUGCAUGAGUCAUUUGUUUUUACUGCGAAAAUUCUACUUUAGAAAAUGAGUGACCAUAAAUCAACUAUAAAAUGUUUGCAAUCCUUGGGUGUCACUGCUGAAUUUAGCAAGUGCAGUGUCUGUGGAAAUUAUAUGGCUUUGACGAAGGUUGGUUUCAUCACGAACUUCCGACGAAUACAUGUGGAGGUCCAGAAAAAAUAACAUAUGGAGAUCCAUUUGCAGGGGGACGUGGUUCGAGAGAUCGAGGCUGAAUUUAGAAGUAAUUGUCAUGUUAACCUACUAUUUUCGCUAUGAAUAUUCUUGCAAAUCUGCCAUGCACGAAGCAGGGGUUUCGUGUGGUACUGUAAUUGACUGGUUCUCAUUUUGUAGAGCAGUCUGUGGGGAAUUUAUAAAGUAUAGGGGGUCAUUGGGGGGGGGGGGGGGGGGCAGGGGUUAUAGUUGAAGUAGACGAGUCACAUUUUGGAAAGAGAAAGUACGAAAGGGGGCCUGAUGUUAUUGGGCUUUGGGUUUUUGGAGUAGUAGUUUCUACAGGAGACUGUGCUGAUGUUGUAUUUAGGGUUGUACCAAAUCGGACAAAGGAAGUAUUGCCAUCUUUAAUAGAAGAAUAUGGGAAGAAGUUUCUGUAGUCAUAUCGGAUGGGUUUGCUUCAUACAAGGGUUUGGGUGAAAGGACUUAUCAUUUGGUCGUGAAUCACAAUAUUCAGUUUAAAGAUUAUAUGACAGGGGCAUGUACUAGUACUAUUGAGGGGGAUGGGGGGGCUGUAAAAUCUGUUGUCAGACGGGGAAAGAGCAGGAUUUCAGUGCUGCAAGGCCAUUUAGAUUAUGUCCUUAUUUCAUUAUUGUCAGCCUCGAUCAUUGACUCCUUAUGAAGUUCAUAAGUGGUAACAUUCUUUUUAUGUAGCCACUUUUAUGUUUUCCUUUUCGAUGUUUUUGCUAUAUCGCUCUUAAUUUUACUUUCAUCAGUUUUACUGAGUGUUAUUUUGGCGUUACUGUACCUGGUGUGAAUUUCUUGUAGUAUACGUAUCGAUUCCAAUGUUUUGAUCAUUUUUGCGUUUUAUUUCUUUGUGUGUGCAGUGAUGUGUGUAAAGAUUUUCAUUUCUUGAAAGUCUAGUCAUAUUCUGUAGGUCACUAAGAAGAUCAUUUUUUAAUCACGUUUCUGAUAUGUUAUAAGAUGUUUGCGUAACAAACAGUAAUAUUGGAAUUGGUAACUAGAAAUGACCUACAUAGGUUGCUUGUAGUUACAGAUUCCAACUAUUCAAUGGUUCAUUAUUUACAUUGUUUUUGCAGUAUGUGUGGAAAAUAUAAUAUAAUAUUUGCACUCUUAAUUGCACUCAUGAUCUUAUUAAUUUCAGUCAUCUUUAACUCGUUUAAAUGAAAUUUGCUUGUAAAUAAUAGUUGCGUUAAAUGUAUUAUUUUAUAGGAUGCCACAUUCGUCUGUUUAUAAGUAUGAUCCGUUCCAUUCAUAGAUUGUCCAUUGUAGCAUCUUUGCCUUACAUAUGACGUCAUUGGUCAAAGCCGACGGGUGGUAUCAGAACCUAGAAUUUAUCCAAUUUUUGUAAGUUUAUAGACACAGUUUGUAGAAAGUAUAAGGAUUCUAAUAAUAUGUAAGCAUUCUUUUAAUAGUACAAGGAGAAGAAGGUUGCAUAGAAUACUAGAAACUUUGCAGUUUCAUUGCAUAAAACAGCUUAUAAGGUGGUUAAUUUCUCGUGGUUAUAAUGUGUUCAUUGUUUAUAAUAUGUAAUGGUAAUUUAUUGAAUUUGUAAAAUCAUAUAUGAGUAUGGAAUUUUGUAUGUUAAAUGUCUGUAGGUCAUAAUGGAACUUGUUGACUUGGCUUGUGAGAAUAUUACAUGACAGAAACAGUCUUUUCAUAGGGAUGUUUAUACAUUUGUUUUGUAAGAAAAAAUUAAAAACUGAGAAGACCAAUUUUUUAAAAAAGUGAACUGUAUAAUAUUUUGUUUCUGAAAAGAUAAAUUUAUUUUCAUAAUGUGUAGUUAUUUAUUGUAAUUGAACACUGUGUGUUUAUGUAUUGAUUGUUGAAUAUACUCUAGUAGGUGUGUACUUAAAUCAAAGAGCUGUUUUGGAUUACAACUUUUUAAUAACCCAAAUUUCUGGCUAGGUCAGUGGGUUGGCUAAUAACAGUUUUAACUGUCUGUGAUGUAAUUUUUCAAUGAACAUUCUAUUAUUAUAUUGUCAUGACAUUGUAGGUUAUAGAUUUUCCAUGUCCCCUGUAUAGGGUAUAGUUAGUUAAAGUAAAUUUUAGUAAGACAUUGUAAGUUUUCAGUAAUGUUUAUUAAUUCAAAUAGACAUAAUUUUUUCAGUGGAUCAACAGAUUUUGACUAGUCAGUUUCAGUAGCCAAGUAAUGAUUCUUGAUCUAAGGUGGUGUAAAAGUAUACCAAGGUCACUGUUUGUGUGAGGCACCUACCAGCAAACUACGUAUUUUCAUGUAGCCUUAGGCCAAGAAUCAUUCAUGUGCUAUUGAAACUGGCUGAUUAGUUGAAACUGGUCUUGCCGCAGCAGUACUUUAUGUGAGUAAACUGUACUGUUAAAAUAAAUGUAAUUGCUGUUAGUCUCCGCUGUUAACAUGGCAAACAUGAACAAUCUCAUUUAUUUUGUAGAUUUCUUGCUGAGGGAGGUAAAGCAAUGUCAAUGUAUUUUUAGUAUGUGAAAGUAUUCUGAGGUUCCCUAAAACUUCACAUUUAUUUAUAUAUAUUAUGUAAAUUAUUGGGUAAUAUCUGACAAUACAUGCCUGAAAUUUAAAGUUAGUGAAAUUAGCAGGUGAGAAAUAUGAAUGGUAUUGGUUUGUAUUGGUUGAAUGUUUUCAGAACCUAUGCAGUUUUUGAGGAUUUACUGUGUAUUUAAAAAUACAUUUAUCUUAAAAAUUGAAGAUAUCAAUCUUUUUGUCAUUAAUUUCUUCUUUGACUGGAAACUUUUAUACUCUCACUGAUAUUGUUUUCCUUCUAUUAAAGUAAUGGUAUGCUUAGUAAUUGUAAGAAGAUUAAACUGUGUAGCAGUGAACAUGGGAUCUUCUCAGGCAGUAUUUGACCUAUGCCAUACUAUCUUCAUUUACUGUUAUCGAGGAGCUUGCUAACUAUUGAAACAUCUUCUCCAACAGGGAUAUUUGGGUCACCCCACUUCUCCAAUUAGGAUCCCUUCUUGUUGAUUUGUACUGUACUUAUAAGAGGGUACUUGCUUAACACAACUCCCCUCCCAAGUAGAAGUUUACCAGACUGCUCCUGGACUCCUAUAAGUUUAAUACAAUAAACUUUUACACGAAGGUUUUCAUCAUAGAAGUUUAAUAUGAUAAACUUUCACAUAACAGUUUUCAUCAGAUGUGUUACAAAUGUCUAUUCUUUUAGAAGCAGUCUUGGGCUGCUACUGAAGAUUUAAGACAGGCCAUGCUUGUAAUUUACGGCAAUAAGUUUCUUAGCAGUAUAAACACAUCAUCUCUUAAUUGCACUGACCAAAAGCUAACUGCUGCUCUCCUAUUAUCCCACAUCUUUCAGUGAUUCUUGCACUGUGGUUUAUUAGACAUUUUGACAAGGACAGUGCGCAGCAGCCUACAGAUUGUUGUUUUUGUUCAAGAGAAAAGAAAAUACUUGUCCUGAGUUCACCAUGGUUUCUUUCUUGGAAAUAUGUAAAGAACUUGCUAGUGAAUAUUGUAACUAUCUAAUGUAAAUGGUGGUCUCACAUUUGCUGAAUAGUAAUGUUUUUUUUUUUUUUUCAACUCUUCGUCAAACUAGCCUGUGCAAAAAUGGUGUUUGUCAUCACUUUUUAAUCACUAGGAUAUACACAGUUUAGGUUAUAUAAACAUAUUAUUGUCCUAAAAUGUCUACUGUCAUAAAAAUUUCUCUAUAGGCGUAUGUUUACUUUUCCUCUGCCCUCCCCACGUACAUACACAGAAAGGUCUUCCAUAUAUUCUUGUGUUCUGUUUGUCUUCCAUUAGACAAAAUGGAAAGGCCCUAUAUUUUAAAUUUCUUAGCUUCCCCUGCAUGCCAUUCUCAUCUUUAUAUAAUACCAGUGUUGUUAUAGUACGUCUUUAAAAUGAUUGUUGUUAUUAGAGCUCUACCUCAAUUUAGAAUGUUACCAUUAACUAGCUAGUCUUAUCCAACUUACGUGAUGUAUUAAGUGAAGUACUUCUUGCAUUUUGUGUGCUGCAAAUAUGUUAAUAAUUUUGUAUUUUAGUUUGUUACUGCUUUGUUAUUGUCAGGUUAAAAUAUUGCUCCUAAAUUGAGAUUUAUAUUCUGGUACUUUAUUUAUUUGUUCUAAUUGGUUAGUUUGUUGAUAGUAUUUGUGAUUUAUUAACUGUUACUUUUGAUGUAGUGUGUACUCCCUAAUAAAAUGUAGGUAAGAUGGCAAAUUUUCUUAUUUUAAUAAGUGUUGCCAUCUGCAGCUAUUCCAAAAGAAAGUGGUCAGUACAUAUUCUGAUUUAAUAGAUUAAUGACCAAUGAGCUUAAAUUAGCUAGUGGAAUAACAGAAUUGCAAUAUCUAUGUUCAAAGUAACUACUCAAAUGACUACCGAUAAACUUGUAGUUUCAAUAUUAAGAUGGCUGUGUUUUUUGAAAAUUUAUGUGUUAGUUUACAGCAUUGUAUUUGUUUGUUACAUAUUUAAUUGAUUAAAAACAGACAUUUUGUUCAUUAGUCAGUCUUUGUUUGCUACAAACUAUGUACAUUUCGUUUCUCAUGUGUGUGUUUCCUUUUAGGCAAGAAAAAUCAAUGAACUGUGAUAUAAUUCAAUUGUAUUAUCUCCUGAUUAAAUAAACAGGUUUUCAAAUAAAUGUUGAAUAUACA